GCGGGCAGAAACAACAUUGAUCUCAUGGAUAAUGUUGGUGUAAGAACUCGGGUAAAGGACAAAAGUUAGCCGAGUUAGCCACAACAAGUAACGUUUUUAUUGCAAGUAUCCUAUGUUAGUGCUGUCUUUUAUCAACCAGAACCUGCGAAUCCAGUUGUCGUGAUAUUGAAACGUUGGCACUGGAGGAAACGUGAAAAGGUAUAUAUUGAAGUCUUCCAACAUGACAAAUGAUGAUAAGGUGAUCCCUGUGCGGGUUGCCUUACGAUGUCGCCCGUUGGUACCUAAAGAAAUCAGCGAGGGAUGUCAGUGCUGUCUCACUUUUGUGCCUGGGGAGCCACAGGUGAUCGUUGGCACAGAGAAAGCGUUCACCUAUGAUUAUGUAUUCGAUCCCACUGCUGAACAAGAAGAAGUCUUCAAUACGGCUGUGUCCUCCUUAUUGUGUGGACUUUUCAAAGGCUACCAUGCUACAGUUCUUGCAUACGGACAGACAGGGUCAGGAAAGACCUUCUCCAUGGGAGGAACAUACACAUCAGCUCAAGAAAAUGAUCCUUCAGUCGGAGUUAUUCCACGGGUUAUUAGAAGGAUCUUUGAGGAAAGGGAGAAAAGGACAGACUGUGAAUUCUGUCUGACAGUAUCUUACCUGGAGAUCUAUAAUGAGGAUAUAUUGGACUUGCUGUGUGCAUCUAAAGACAAACCUGCCCUCAGCAUUCGGGAAGACCCUAAAGAUGGCAUUAAGAUUGUGGGUUUGACUGAGAGGCAGGUGUUCUCUGCUUAUGAGAUGGUGGGUUGCCUGGAGCUUGGGAAUUCAGCUCGCACUGUGGGUUCCACAGCGAUGAACGCCGCUUCUUCACGCUCACAUGCUAUCUUCACCAUCACCCUGGAGCAGCGCAGAGGGACGGACAAAGUCGACUCAGUUGUUUCAAAAUUGCACCUUGUGGAUCUGGCUGGUUCAGAAAGGCAAAAGAAAACCAAAGCGGAGGGAGAUCGGUUAAAGGAAGGCAUCAGCAUCAAUCGCGGCCUUUUGUCUUUGGGUAAUGUGAUCAGUGCCUUGGGGGAUGAAAGCAAGAAAAACACCUUUGUUCCUUACAGAGACUCCAAGCUGACCCGCCUGCUACAGGAUUCUUUGGGAGGCAAUAGCCACACUUUGAUGAUUGCAUGCGUGAGUCCUGCAGACUCAAAUAUGGAGGAGACCAUCAACACACUACGAUAUGCUGACAGAGCUCGCAAGAUUAAAAACAAACCCAUAGUCAAUGUUGACCCCAGAGCUGCAGAAAUGAACCGUUUGAAACAACAGGUUCAGGAGCUGCAGGUGAUGCUGCUGCAUGCCCGUGGAGGAGUAGCUCCGGCGCUCUCUGGGCCAGAGUCAGCGGAGGAGGUGACUAAGCUGUUGGAAAGAAACCGCUCUCUGCAGUUCGAGAACAGUAAACUAAGCAGGGAGCUGAGUGAGGCAGCUGGACAGACUGCCUUCAUGUUUGAGAAGAUCAUAAUGACAGAACAAGCAAAUGAGAAACUACAGAGCAAACUGGAACAACUGCGGCACCAUGCAGCAUGUACAGUGGAUCUUGAGAAAGUGUUGGAGACACUGGAGGAUCAGGAGUUGAAGGAGAACAUUGAGGUGAUGAGGAACCUGCAGGACAUCAUCUUGGAGCUCAAGAAUGAGAGCGCAGGCAUCGCUGCCUCUAUCGACGCUAUGGCUGUAGGAGAAGAUGGGCAUGAUCUGUCUGGGAAUGGCAGUAAAAAUGCAGCAGAUGAGUCCCCAUCGGAUGCCACUGCCAUUGGUGGUAAGGAGUCCCCGGAGGCUUUUACUGCCCAUCAUGCACUGCGGCAGGCUCAACUUUCCAAGGAAUUGAUUGAGCUGAACAAAGUGUUGAGCCUGAAGGAAGCUUUUGUGAGGAAAAUGUGCCAGAAUGACACCCAGUUGGAGCCGAUGCAAUCAGAGCACCAAAAAAAUGUAUACACUCUAGAGUCUGCAGUGGAUUCGCUGCAGAAGGAGAAAGAGGAACUCGUUUUGGCACUUCAGUCUGCAAAGAAAGACACUAACCAGGCUAAGCUCAGUGAGCAGCGGAGGAAGAGACUGCAGGAGCUUGAGGGCCAGCUCAGCGACAUGAAGAAGAAGCUCCUUGAGCAGUCCAAACUGCUGAAACUCAAAGAGUCCUCUGUUCAGAAAGUUGACAAGCUCAAUCAGGAGAUACAGGCAAUGAAGACCCAGCGUACACAGCUGAUGAGGCAGAUGAGGGAGGACUCUGAGAAGUUCAGAAACUGGAAGAGCAAGAAGGACAGGGAGGUGCUGCAGCUGAAGGAGAAGGAUCGUAAACGCCAGUAUGAGUUAAUUAAACUUGAGAGGGAUUACCAGAAACAGGCCAAUGUUCUGCGUCGUAAAACUGAGGAGGCUGCGGCUGCAAACAAGCGGUUGAAAGAUGCCCUACAGAAGAGGAGUGAGGUAGCAGAGAAGCGCAAAGAUACCCAUAACAGAGGAAUGGAGGGAGCUUCUGCAAGAGUUAAGACGUGGCUUCUCAAUGAAGUGGAGGUGAUGGUCAGCACAGAGGAGGCCCGGCGACACCUCAAAGAUCUGCUGGAGGACAGAAAGGUCUUGGCUCAGGAGAUCAGCCACCUCAAACAGCAGAUGGAGGCAGGGGAUCGACCUGCUGCCAAAAUCAGGCGUCGGACACUGAUCAUCUCUGAGCUAGAGAGCCAGGGGGCGCUGGAAACGCCUCUGACCAAACAGGUGGAGAACCUGGAGACAGAGAUGGCCCUCAGGAAUGCCCAGAUAGCUGACCUUCAGCAAAAAGUUGUUGUCGCAGACAGUGAGGGUCGUUUGAAACAGCGUAUAGAUGGUAUCACAAGCAUCGUUGAGGCCAAGUGUGCGCUUAAAGUCCUGAUGUCUGAGCUGGUGUCUGCUAAAACAGCCAAUGCCAAGCUGGAGAGCGAAAUCAAACAGGAGAAAGGAAAUGCGCAAGAUUUAAGGAAGAUGCUGGCUGACGAGAGAAAUGUGAUGUCAACCAUGGACAUGGAGCACCAGCAGCAGUUGGUGGAACUAGAGCAGAGGCAUCAAGAGAAGGUCCUUUACUUCCUUAACCAGCUACAGAACAAGCCCUUAUGUGGAGAGUCAGAUGGAACAAAGCCGAAAGAUGAGGGGAAUUCAAAGGAGAAGGAGCUUCUCCAGCGCCUCAAAGUUCAGGAAAAUGACCUUGAAAAGCUACAAGAGUUAAGUGAGCAGAACCAGAAACUGUUGGACGAGAAUGAGCAGUACAGACAGAAAUUGUCAUUGGUCCACCUGGCAAGUGGAAAGAAAAUCCUUGCAUCUACGACCAACAAUGAAAAGAGUGCAGAUGACUCGUUUGAGUACAUUCCUCCAAAGCCUAAAGGGAAGCGCUUAACCACAGCUAAAGCACCACUGAAUAUGGCCAUCAACAUUGAAGAGCUGAUAUCUCCCAGUGAGGAUGAGAAUGAAGACGAAGAGGACGACUGGCAGCCUGAGAAACCUGAAAAGGGACGCAGAACAAAAAAAACAAAAGCAACAGGGUGUGCUUGUAAAGGGCGCUGUAUCAACAAGCAGUGCAGAUGCCGCAAAGGAAAGAUGACCUGUGGGGAGAACUGUCAGUGUGAUCAGGAAAAAUGUCGAAAUAUGGCUACCAAGGUCCCUGCUGAGGAUGCAAGUCUCACAGAAAGUGUUUCCAGAGACUCUGUGUCUCUUCAAGAUCCCACAUCUUUCAGCCCUGACAACACCACAUUCUUUAAGCCGCCAUCUUGUACACCCACUAAGAAGGUGCUAAAAGAAAUCGGAGACAUAGGACAUGCCACUGCAGACCUAAAGUUGGUCAGAAAACCUGUGCUGCCAGAGGAAGAGGAGGAGGAGGAGGAGGAGAUGGAGGAUGAUCAGCAGGGAGACAGAACAACAGUCAGCUUCCUGAAGAAGAAGAAAAGAAUCCUGACGAGUUUUCAGAACAGCUUUUUCUCUGGAUGCACCCCAAUCAGAGAGGAAUCUUAAUCUGAGCGUGGUAGGGCUUUUUACAUCAGGUCCAUAUCCAUAUGUGUUUGGUUAAAUGUUUUGUCAACGUGUUUUCAGUCUUUAUUUUAAAUGUGACUAAACUGUUGUGUACUGUAACUUGAAAGUAGCUGUUGAUUCUAAAACGCUUUUGUAUUUUAAGCAAACAGAAGGACUGUGAAUAAUUAAUCGUUUACUGGAAAUCACAAUGAGAUGAACUGCCUGUACAUAAUAUUUUAGUUUUUCGUGUUCCAUGAUAUUUCUAAUAAAGUAAGACUAAAUUUACUUUGCUAAUUUGAAGUCCCGCACACUGUCUCUGAAAUAUUUACAUUUCAUUUCAAUUAUUCAUUUGAUUACAAAGUUUUGGUCUGUCGGACCAUCGUUAGGUACAUGGGCAGCAUCGUUUUCACAUGCAGUAUACAGGGAAGCAGAUUUGGGAUCUGGAUCUGCAAGGACAGAGUCACAGGGUGACCUGUGCCUGAGUCUUUGCCUUGGUGCUUGUUCAGUUUUUGACGGCACAUGCCUUUAAAAAUCUCUGAGGAGUGUUAUGACGACCUUAAUUGGCUUGUAUGAAGAAAUUUAUUUUAGCUGUACUGGUUGUGAAAUCAAUUUAUAAACAUAUCUAUGCCCUGCAACUGACAAAUUGCAUUUCUUUUCAUAUAGCAAUGUCCAUAAUGACAGCAUUUUGUGAGUUAAUGCAAGAUGGGUGGCAACGUUAGUGAUCAUUUACUGUACUUAUUCCCCCCUAGGCAAUUUGCAUCUUUGUCACCUUUUUCACCCAAGCUGCUUCAGUCAUCCAAUUCGAGGACUACAGAGAUUGGAUUGACCAAUGAUCCGUAAACUUGCUCAAAGCGUAUGCGUCACAGGCAUUAAAAAUAUUAGAAAUAUACCAAUAAAUCAUGUCAGUCUACAUCAAUGUAACAUCGUGCGGAGCAACACUUUUCGCUGCUUUUAGGAUCGAGACUGAAGUCUUACAGUCAAAUCUUGUCUUUAAACAAACUUCUUCUUUUUAUGUCUGAAUGUGUAUCUGGGUUUUAUCUCAGUGUCAUGAGUUUAUGGAAAAUAAAUGUCAUUUAUUAGUCUUUUAUGAUUGUUUUACUUUUGACUCUUGGUGGCAGUUAGUAUUUAGUGUACAGUUGUUUUUUUUUAUAUUUAAUUAAAGCUAGAACAGAGUGCUCUUUAGGUGUUGCAACAUUUUUUGUUGACCCCUGAGUUUUGCUCCUGUACCCCAGCCCUCUCUAUUGCUUUCACCCCCAGAUUCCCCUCGGAUCCCCCUUGACCCUCUGGCCUCACCGCCUUUUUAAAAAUAUCCUGUGCAAAGGGCCGACCCCUCCAAGCAGUAUUACUGUUGAAUCUGCAAAUACAUUUUUCUUUUUUUUUUUAAGCCAGGGAGCUCAUACAUCAUGACUAUGACCCUCACUGAGAGAUCAUGAAGGGUGAAAACAAAUCAUAUCCAGGAUAUUAAACCAGCCUACUAAUGAAAAAGACCAUCUCAUUGAAAAAUGUCACAUCAUUCUGUGGAUAUGCACAAGAUAUGUGAAAAGCAGAGUUAGAGGGGUCAUUUGUGAGGUUCUGUCCAGCCUCCUGUGAAGUUUCUAUCUUUCCUUCUGGUCCUGUCUGAGUUGACCUGAUAAUAGUUGUCUGAAAUUAGACAUACCUGACCAGGGGGCACAUGUUGGUUUGUGGGCAGUUUGUAUUAAUUGAAAUUAAUAUUGAACUGAGAUGUGAGAAUCAUUGAGAACUUGGUGGGAUAUAGUAAUCUCUAUUGUUUAACAGCAUCAUCAACUUGUAGCCUGAAUCUUUUUGGAGGGGAUUGGAGGAAAAGAUUGAUACACACUGCUCUUUUAUUAUAGUGAUAGGAUAAUCUUAAACGGAAUUGUGCUUUUGGUAAGGGGUAGUUUUGCCCCAUACUGAGUUACGCUGUUUUAGAAUUGAAUAGCUGCAUUUAGUAGUACACACAUUUUUCUCGCAAAUCUCUCAAACGUUCAGAACAAAAUAAACAGACUCCUUUGUUUGUUUGUUUUUUAAAUACAAAGCAGUUUGUUGUGAUGCUUAAAAAGAUAUAUAUUCAGAUUUUUUUUCCCUUUCCAUUCAUUGUCUGAAAUGUUUGAAUGUAUUUAGAUCCCAUCCAGCGCACAGGAUCUUAACUAGCUUUUCUGUUAUGAGGCUUUACUGUCACACUAGUAGUUCAUUACAUUUCAGUGAUUGCUCUUUCUAUGUUCCACAUUGUUUAAAGUAUCUGAUGAAUAAAAUGGUGCAAUUUCAA